AUGCUGAGAACGUAUGGACGAUCUCUGGACAUUCUUAGCUCGGCUAUGUGGCGGUCAGACCCAGCCGAACCCCUGCUACGAGACAUGCUGCGGUUCAUCGCCGAUGUUAUCCCGCGAUUCUAUGGGCCUUUUGCGAGUGAUAUGAUCCGGAAGGCCAUUAUCGAGUUCAUCAGUGCGUGUGCUGGUCUUGUUCUAUUUAAUCUAUAUAUAAAGUUCUUCGAGACUGAGUAUGCGGGCAGGAUCACCCUGGCGCUGAUGGCGCCGGGUUUUCCGUAUUUCCUUAGACGGAAGACUGGCAUGGCAGAAUCAUACGCUUUCUUCGCUUUUCCCGAAUCUCUUUUUCCGAAGAGUAUGUUUAUACCGGUCUACCUUCCCGUCAUCCCGGGCCUGGUGCGUUACAACAACUUCGCCAAUGACCUGCUUUCUUACUGCAAGGAGUCUAUCCUCGGUGGAGAAAGGUUCAACUAUACAGUGAGCUAUGCAAGGACAAACGACCACACGCCGAUGGAAUCACUGCGCGAAACAGCCUCGUCGUUGAAUGCAUGUGUGGCCAACACAAGAGCAACCCUCGCCGACGUGGGCUCAAAAGAUCUGCAUGGCGCUGUCACCAAGCUCUUCAGCGGUUAUGCCGUGUAUCAUUACAGUGCCGCCAGAUAUCGGCUGUCUGAGUUGGAGAUUCCAGAGCUCGAGGCGGCCAAAUUGAAGCUUCUCAAUAGCUCGGAUGGCCUUGAUUUUGGACAAUCCCUAGACCUUGAGAUUUCGAAGAUCCAGACUCUGGAUAUUCGCCCAGCAGGAUCGAACAGGGAAACGCCCGCCGUUUCUUACGCGAUGUAG